UGUCACAUUCAGGCACCAGAGUCACGGUCUCUAUAAAAACCUGGGACUCUCUGGGCAGACACACAGGCCCGCAGUCUGCCACCCUUCCUGCCUCCUGUGCUCUUGUGGCACCAUGCUUGAGAAGACCCUGAUCCUCUCUGUCUGUUUGGCCCUGACUGGGGCCCUCCCUACACAGCUCCCAGAAACCAUCAUUCCUUUGAGCACUAUGGAUGACCCAGACUCCGUGAAUGGUGUAGGCUCUGUUGGUGUCCCAGGCUCCAUUGUUAUUCCACGCUUUAUUGAUGUUCAAGGCUCUAUAGAUAUCCAAGGCUCUCUUGACGUCCGAGGUCGUCUUGGUGUCCCAGACUCUGUGACUGUCCCACACUCUAACCGUGUCCCACGCUCUAUUGAUGUCCAAGGCACUAUUGGGGUCCCACAAUCUCUCAUUGUCCCACGCUUUACUGAUGUCCCAGGCUCUAUUGGUGUCCCAGGGUCUGUGGGUGUCCCAGGUUCUGUGGGUGUCCCAGACACUAUUGGUAUCCCACGCUUUUUUGGUAUCCCAGGCUCUGUGGGUGUCCUACGCUCUAUCGGUGUUCCAGGCUCUAUCAGUGUCCCAGGCUCUAUGGAUGUUGCCCCAUUAACUACUGACUUAGAGGCAACUGUUGGCCCAGAAUUCAGUGAUGAAAUGGAAGCUACUGCUGCCCCACUGACUCUUGCACCAGAUCGAGAAGAACUGACCAAUGACUCUGAUUUCCCUGGCCAAGUCAGAUUCAACACUGGUUUGGACAUCACUGAUGAAGCAGAAACCACCACUGGCAUGUACUGGAGGACUACUCAGGCUUAUGGGACUGCUUCUGAUGUGGAAUCAAAUACUCAUUAUUAUGAAGAUGAAGCCACAGAGGCCAUAGGUGAUUAUAAUUUUAUCCACACAGAUAACAUCUUAAACUAUGAUUAUGGAGAUGUCACAAAUGCUUAUGAUGAAGAGUUCCCAGUUGGAACACAUGAAAAUGAAGACAACCCCCCAGAACUUGUGGCUAUCACUCUGCAAACCACAACUGUGUAAGAAGACUCAGAGCUUCUGAACAAGCCCACUAUUCAUUCUAGGAGUGUCAAUAAUCAUGGCAGCUCAGUGAGAUACAGGCUGCACCUGAGGAAGAAGGGCAGAGAGGAGGGAACUCCCACAGAACAGAUGUGGGAGUGACAUUACCUAGCCAUUUUCCAUUUACCACAUGCUCAAUAAAUGUUUCUUUGCACUGGA